AUGACAUCUAACCGCCUCUGUUUAAAACCCACCUGUGAACCAACAUUAACCGAAGAAAUAAAAACAAUACCCCAACCCAAACCCCGCUUUGUCAAAGAAACACCACCGCUACAAUUCGAAGAAGGACAACCCAAACUCGAAAAACAAAUUUCACCUGUCACGGACGAUUUACUCGAUGAGGAAGAGCCGGCGGUACCCGAGACUUAUUCCGACAAGAAAAAGUUCUGGGAGAACGUGACCAAAGACAGACGAAUGAGUUUGCACGAAGGACCACCUCCUGAGAAGGACUUGGUGAAGAAGAGGAUUUCGGUGCACGAAGUUCCUAUUCCGAAACCCCGUUCUCAAGUACAAGUUACGCCAAGCAUAGAGGAGGCGGCACCGUCCAAAAUAGAUGAGGAGCCAGAAACCAAAAUCAUGUCGGAAUACCAAGCCUCAUUCCAGCCGCCGAGCGAACGCAAAUCUAAAUCACCGCCCAAAGUCGAAUCAGACAAAGAAAGUACCGAUUCGGAAUCGGACAAUCUCGCUCACAGUGGUACCAACGAGAACGCCGGUUACAUUUCGGACAGCGGAGAUGUGGACCACUAUAUUUCCGAUUCCGAAAUCGAAGAUCGUGUCCCACAAAUUAGGGAAAGACAGAUGAGCGUUUUCGCGCCACCUGUAGCGGCAGCUCGUAAAACCAUCUACGAAAGAUCUGCUUCGUUGCCUACUGAGGAUAUGUACGAAGUUUCAGCACGAAGCAUCAAAUUACGGAAACAGUAUUACGAAGAACAGAUCAAGAAGGAAAUGAUCGAAGAGCAGCUAACGAGCGAAAUCGAAGAGGAGCCCUCACCUGAACGCAAAACGUUGAUCGGCUCCUUGGUCCAGCAAAUUAGCGAAGAGAAAGUGCCCGUUUUAGAUAUAGCGAGAUCCUUCGAUGAGGCAACGAAGAAGGAAGUCUCUUUUGAAGAUCACCGUCAAGCGCACAAACCCGAAAAGACUAUAACGCACAUUGAGGAUGAAACACCGAUUUCACAACAAUUCCAAGAAACGCACAAAGAAAUCGAUGCUGAUGCUCAAACCAAACGGUCCUCUUUAGGUUCAGAACAGAGUUCCUCGUCGGAUAUUGACAGGGCGACGAGGAACGGAAGUACUUUAAAACCAGAUGCUAUGGAAGUACACGUAGACAAGAGCGAAAUAGAGGAUUCAGAAAAACUUGCCGAUUUAGACCAAGACGCCACCGAUCUCGAAACAAAAUCUUUAGAUUCUCUAAACGCAGAGAUGCCACCGAAGUCGGCGACUUUCAUGGAUGAUAGUAUACCCGAAAUCACUGUAACUCUGUCCGGGAAACAAAGACGCAUUAGUGAGGAAAGUGAUGAGUAUGCACCAAAGUCAGACAAGAAAACAGAAUUGGAUUCACCCAUACACGUUCCUGAAGAGCACGUCGAGGACACCGUUUUGGAAGUAUCGGUUCAAUCCCAACCGGAAGCUCAUUUUGACGAGAAAUGA